CGCAUUCCCCUGCAGGCGAGCCCCUCCCCACCCUGUCCCUCGCGCAAACAGCAGCCUGGGUCGUAGCCAUGGCGUCCGAGCGGCUGCCAAGUAGGCCUGCCUGUCUCCUGGUGGCCAGCGGCGCUUCCGAAGGUGUGUCAGCCCAGUCCUUCGUCCACUGUUUCACACUGGCGAGUGCUGCCUUCAACCUACAGGUGGCCACCCCAGGGGGAAAGGCCUUGGACUUUGUGGAUGUGACUGAGAACAAUGCACGUUGGGUACAAGACUUCCGCCUCAAGGCAUAUGCCAGUCCUGCUAAGCUUGAGUCAAUAGACGGUGCCCGGUACCAUGCCCUCCUGAUUCCUAGCUGUCCUGGCGCCCUGGCUGACCUUGCCAGCAGUGGGUCCCUGGCUCGAAUACUGCAGCACUUCCGCUCUGAGAGCAAACCCAUCUGUGCCAUUGGCCAUGGCGUUGCUGCCCUGUGCUGUGCUACCAAUGAAGAUAGGUCCUGGGUGUUCCAGGGCUACAGUCUGACGGGGCCUUCUGUGUACGAGCUCAUCAGAGCACCUGGCUUUUCCCGCCUACCAUUGAUCGUUGAGGACUUUGUGAAGGACUCCGGUGCUGGCUUCAGUGCCAGUGAGCCUGACGCUGUGCAUGUGGUGCUGGACCGCCAUCUGAUCACUGGCCAGAAUGCUAAUUCCACCGUUCCUGCUGUCCAGAACCUGCUCUUCCUCUGUGGUAGCCGGAAGUAAGCUUGGAUGCUGUCCUGGUGGCCUAGAGACAAGGACUGAACUCACUGUGGCUUCUUCUGCUGAUCCUUACUCGAUGGGACACUCAAGCCUCCAUCGGGACCUUGUGGAAUGCUGGAGGCCCCCAGGAGUGAACUAACUAGUACCCUCAGAGCUCCCAGGGACUAAACCACCAACCAAAGAGUACACAUGGUGGGACUCAUGGCUCCAGCAGCAUAUGUAUAGCAGAGGAU